GCGGCGGGGCUGGCGGAGGGGUCGCACCGAGGAGGGAGCGCGAGGAGGCGGGGAACCGGAGAGACGGGCGAAAAGAAGAGGCCCCGGCGGUACCGAGCACCACCGACAGACGAACCGCAACCGCACGGACGAGGACAGCCGACAGGGACCGACGAGUGAAGCGGGACGGAUGGAGCGUUGGCCGUCAUCCUGUCCCUCUCCACCAGCUGCAGUAGUCAGUGCUCGUGUUUGAUUUGAGGCUCUGUUAACCUUCAUGCAGACUCCAUCUGCUGCCAGAGGACCUGCUACACAAACACUAGUCUCUUAGCAUUAGCUUUAGCAUUAGCUUUAGCUUGAGUGUCGGGUCGCCCUCCUUUGUAAUCUUGCCAAGAAGUGAACUCAAUUCCUUGCUGCCAUUAAACAAACCGGAAAAAUGCCCGGUUAGUAUUUGGGUUUCCUGGAAAUCCUCUCAGCUCAAAUGUUUGAAGUCCUUUUGGAAAAUAUUUAGCUAAAAAUGUAGUUGGAGUCCGACCACUCUCACCAGUUCAGUGGCUAACGGCUAGUUAGCGGCUCACAGUGAGCACGUAGCGGUGGCGCGGAGCUAGGUUCCGGGCAGAGCAGGGGUGCGAUGGAGUACCACUCCGGUGGCAGCCUGCCCCUGCUGGGGAGACCGCGGUACUGCCCCGGGGCCAACGCGAACGGAGGAUACCUGUGUGAGACGGGACACUGCUGUGGAGAGACCGGCUGCUGCACAUACUACUACGAACUGUGGUGGUUCUGGCUGCUUUGGACCGUCCUCAUCCUGUUCAGCUGCUGCUGCGCCUAUCGACACCGACGAGCCAAGCUGAGAGUCCAGCAGCAGCAGAGGCAGAGAGAGAUCAGCCUGCUGGCCUACCAUGGAGCCAACUCAUACCCCUCCUCCAUGCUGGACCUGAGUUUCCUGGCAUCUCUGAAGCUGCCGUCAUAUGAGGAGGUGGCAGCUCAGCCCUCCACCCCUCCUCCCCCGUACAGCUCCGUGUUCACAACGCCACGGUACCCGCAGCCGCCCCGGGCCGCUGACCCCCACCUGCUCACGCAGCAUGGUCCGCUAUUACACCGACCGCUCAGCGAUGGCCCCUCCUCACUCAGCUCUGACAACAGCUCCAGUUGUUCCUGUGACUCCUGCUGCCCCUCCUCUCCAUGUAGCUCCUCCUUAUCGGCACCGGUCACCUAUGAGACUGAUACAAGCCACGCCUCCACGCCAAGCGAGGCAGCACCCCUUGCUCUUGAUGUCACCAUGGAAACCAUCAGUGCAGCUGCGAGCCGCCUGGAAGCCAAUGAGACGCGAUUUGCUUCUGAAAGGACGACUGCCGCAGUGGCUGUUGAUAUUGGGGAUGCUGCCGAAGAACAGGAACCAGUUGCCACGGACUCAUCAGUUCCUAAACAGACUGUUACUGUCGCAGUCAUUACCAGGUCUGCGUCACCCCAGCAUUUGACCUCUCCUGGGUCUGAGGUGGCUCUUUCUGUAGGAAUUACAUCUCCUGUAAAGCAACAGCUUGAUCCAGCACCGUGUACACCUAACAUCAGCACCUGUAGCCCAAGUACAAGUCCAACGUAUAUUAACACAGUGCUCCCCUCUGUCCAAAUAAGCACUACUGAGGGCCCAGCUGCCUUUAUCCCAAAAUCCACCUCAAAGUCAAACCCAUCUACCCCAACAGCUAGCAUGUGUGACAGCCCUCCCCCCACCCAAACCCUCCAUCUUACAAGAACUUUUGAUACAGCCAAUAGUCCUACUAGUCCAACUUCUGCAUCAUCCCCAGAUGUUGACAGAACUUUGAUAUUAGACCCUGGAACUGUCCCUUUUUCAGACCUGAACCCUAGCCUUUUACUAAUCUCAGCAUCUUCUGGUCCAGACACAGUACCUACAAAGGUUAUCCAAGGUCCAGAGGAAGUACCUUCAGUCCUUACCCAAAUAUCUGACACAGUACCAAUACUUACCCAAGUCCUUGAAACAGCACCUACAAACCUUGCCCAGUCCCCAGUUUUGACACAGACGCACCUAUCCCUCACCCAAACUACAAACUCAGAAUGUAAAAGCCUUACACAAGCUCCAGAUCCAGUACUGACAAAACUUACCCAAGCUCAAGACUCAGUACCUUCAGUGCUAAGCCAAACACCUGACACUGCACCCACAGAUUUUACCCAAACUCUUCAACCUGUAUCUACAAGUCUUGUCCAAACACCGGUCCCAACACCUUCACACCUCCAACUCACAGAAACCACAAAUCCAGAACCCAAAAACCUGUUGCAGGCUCCAGCACCUACAAACCUUACCACAUUUUUAGUGCCAGAAGCUGCCCCAGACCCCAUUAACCCUGUUUUAUCCCCAAAACCUACCCUUUCAAACCUUACUCUAGCUUCAGAUGCAGGGCUCUUUUCACCUACAGCAGUCCAGUGCCAGAAACCAGAACUGUCACCUGGGCCAGGUCUAGCCAUGGGCCCUCCUAGUCCACAGUCAGGAUUGCCUAAACAUGCAGAGCCCAAUGGUGUUUUUAUAUCUUGUCCUGAUCCAACUGCAGCACCAAUUGAUUCAGGUCCUUCCAUGGCCUUGUCUCAACCGCCAGAUCUCGUCAGCCUGUUGGUGUCAGAUAAUCUGGCAGAUUUACGUUCUGGUGUUGAUGUAGGUUCUAGAUCAAGUCUGAUGACAUCCCCAGUGUUGACCGUUCCAACAUCCUCCUCUUCCACAUGUCCAGCCAUAACCAUACAGGCCGAUUCUUCUUUUGCCACCUCUGGAGACCUCUCCCCAACCUCACCCUCAUCCAUCCCUUCUCCCUCUCUCCCCUCCCCCUCAACUCUCCUCGACCCCCUCAGUGCUCUGCAUCAGACUGAAAAAAGUGGAUCUUCCUCUGGCCAUGCAUCCUCCCUUUCCCCUUCACCUCGAAACACUCAGUCACCUCCGAAACAGACACUCUUCUCCCCAUGUGUGGAUGUCUUUGAGCCCGUCCCACCGAAUUGGGAAGAUGAUGAAGACGACCAGGCAGAAGACGAUAAUGACGAUGAAGAAGACGACGACAUGGGAGCCGACGAGAGCCAAUACAGGCAUCGGCGGCUGACGGGCGACUCUGGGAUUGAGGUGUGCAGGUGUCGGGUGGAAGAGGAAGAUGAGGAUGAUGAAGAUGAAGAGGAGGAGGAGGGAGAAAAGAAGGAGAAUGGAAGGAGGGGAGGAGUAGUUGGGGGAGAGAGGGACAAAAAAGGAGGUGGAAAUGCAGAUCUCCAUGACAGUGUGGACUGCCCUGCCAGAGGCCAGAUGAGCACAGGUGAAGAACUUACAUUGUGUAACCCCACAUCCACGACUACGCCAACCUCCGACGACAGCGGCAAAGUUGUGAUUGUCAUGGAGACAGUGUGAGUGAAGCAUAACAAGUCAGUUAGUGACAAUUUCUCAUUUGUCAUUCAAGAUAAGAAAUGAACACGGAGGGACCUCAGACUGUUUUCCGAAAACCCACUCUGGUUGCAAAUAAGUUAUAUCACAUUACUUAACGUUGAUUGUCUGGCCACUGUUUGUCAGAUCAACGCUUUCAGGAGGAAUCUUAGAGGGCCAUGGUUCCGGGUUUCUACAUGGUAAGCACUGGUGUGUUCUGAUAAGAGGAGAUGCUUUUUAGCAGUUUGCUUUCAGGAAUGAUAAUGUUUAGCCACCGCUACUCUACAGAACUGUCGUGAAAUGUUCGAGCCCUACAUUUUCUCAAUUUUGAUCCUAACAAUACUUUGAAAGUUUAAGCAUUUCAUUAUCUACUAUUAGGAAGCAUUGGAGAGUUGUCUAUUAAUGAAGAAUGUCUAUGGCCACUGUGACACCAUAAUUUUGGACUUUUCGGUUUCAUCCAAACUAAACUGUAUUAGUUAAAAUCUCCCCUGUGUCAAACAGCCUAAUCAAGAAGAGGUGAAGCUGGAGUGGAAAUACUUUUUUGGUUUGUUCAGACACUUACGGCAGGCUUUAGUAGACUAUGAAAGGAGAAACAAUUAGCAGAAGACCAAUGGGUUAAAAUAGCACUCAAAGUUUUUUUUAACAGAAGUAAGGCCCAAAGAAGUAAUACAAUUGUAAACAAUUAUUUCAUUCAAAAUGAAAAGGCUAUUUGGAUGAAGUGGUAACAAUCAUGUCAGAUGCACCCCAGUCAACAAACCACUCAGUGUCAAGUAAAAGAAGGACCUGUCCACUUACAUUAGAUGAUAUUGACAGGAUGGACCUUAAGUACAUCACGCAAAGUUUUUUAGUGCACUCAUGAAAUUAAGAUGUGAAAGCAAAAAUGUAGUACAUGUUUGUAGUAUUACAAAAACAAGAAUCUUGAUCUGAAAAGCUCUAAAUGUCUACUCUAGUUCUGCUGACAAAUUCAGCUUUAAGUCAUCUGGUAAAAGAUUUGAUCAUAUCCAUAGGAAGGUCAAUACUAAGCCAUGUUUCCACCACAGGAUCUUUCCAUAGGGACCUAAGUACAUUUCUGGUGACUAUUUAGAGGAUUUCAUUUUACCCUGCAAUAACUACCUACUUGAGUACAAUCACAGUUAAGGGAGUUUAGGUAUGAGGUUACAAAUGCUGAACAUUUCUGAUUGGUCAGUACUCACAGCCAUUUAUUGCACCUCUAAAUUUUAGCUAUAUUGGCAGUCUUUAUUGUUCUUUGAUCCAUCAUCCAUGGAUUUACAAACUGAAGCAUGUGGCAGAUGGAUCUACGACAAAGUCCACGUCUUUGUACAGUCGUGGGCAAAAAUGACUAAUUUCUAUAAUCCUCCUGGGGUUUUGGAGAAUGGUGGAAACAGGCAACUGGCAAUCUAUAGAAACCCUUUAGUUCCUGGGAAUAGAUGAACAACAUUAGGUACUUUCUGCACCAGUUAACUUUCAGUACUUCCCAGUUCUGGGAUGCAAAAGUGUCUGGAAAAUAAGUAUCAGUUUGCAAAUUUACCUAAAAGCAAGUCCAAUAUGGGGGGAUUAUGACCAGGCACGAUAUGUUAAUAACCAUCAUAUAGCAGCUGCAAUCAUACAACUUUCAAGAGUUGUCCAGUGACAUGGUUCAGUGAAUCAUUGUGUUCAUGGUCUUCUGUAAUCAUCAAUGACGCGACUGUAUCGCCAUGUAAUGUUUCAAAAAAUGGCAAUUUCUUAAAGAGCAACUUUAAAUAGUUGAAUGUUAAACAGAACACACCUCACUUGUUCUCGCUGAUGACGAAGGCUUGGACAUGUGCCGUGAACAAAUUGGCAGCUCAAAGAACGAACAGAGGCUAAUGUGGGAGGAUGAUUCACUCUGACUGACAGAGGGAAGACUGAUUCAUUUAUUGGAGGGGAUGUUGUUUUAUCGGGACGUCUGACAGGAGAGCGGAAUUAGGUGGGUAGUUGAUAGAAAAGGGGAGUGACAGUUUCUCAAAUCUGACAUGGUAACGACAUGCUAACGGAGUAGCUAGUUAGUCGUCAAUGAAAACUUUUGGGCUCAUGGACCCGGUGGUUUCCUGUGCGUCGGCUUUUACUGCAGGGAAAAAAAAAAGCUUUUACGUAAGUAGGAAUAAAACAAUAGCGACUUUUACUGAGAAACAAAGACACCAUACAGAGCAGCAUACGGAACACGUCAUUGCCGUCACCGUCUUUGUUGUUCUGUCUCUUCCCCUGCAGAUGCAACAAUAACCGUUGCAUCUGUGUUGCAACUGUUGUCAGUCACAUCAAAACUCUGAAAUAUGCCCUUUGACAGUAUAUAUUUCUCCAUUCAUAGACAUCUCUCCUAUUUAAUGAGCCAUUUCAGAGCCUUACAAUUAAAAAUAAUAACCUCAAUUUUGCUAAAAAUUCAAAGCAGUCAUGUAGGAUUUAUUUUUACAAUGUGUUUUUUUUUUUUUUUUCUUUUUUUGUUGCAUUGUGUAGUUGAUAGUUGUGUCAAUGCGGAUAUUUUGUGAAAGAAAGACAUAAAGGUAGAGUCUAUUUUGUGAAUAGGGUAUUUGAAUUCACCUUAGAAACAAGACAAGAGCAAUAUUUUUCAUCAGCAAGAGUCUGUGUGUAAAUAAUCCCCCUGAAAAUAUUUAGGACAGCUGCUGCAGGAAGACAAGUAGGUAACGCAUUGUUACAGGGCAACCUUUUUUUUUUGUUGUUGAAAUUUGUCAAGCUCUGGCAGAAAUAUCACAUCCUUCAUUGUCAUUCGUCAAUUUCAACACGCUUUCAGUUCUUUACAGUCCUCCCAAAUUCUAAUUAACUACAAAAUACAUAGUGCUCAGUAAGUGAAUUGAAGCUUAGAAGAUGGUUUUCACCCAAUAAGAGCAGUGCAAUGUUUGUAAGUGAGGCUGUUAUUUCCAACACGCUUAACUUUAGGGCUGUGUGAUACGACCUAAACCUCAUAUCCUAAUAAUAACACAUAUCAUGUUACAUAUAGUUUUCUAAGAGAUACUCAUGUGUACUCAAACAAAGCAAUAUACUUUAUUUUUCUCCUUGUUUUUGACAAUUUUCAGUUGAAACAAAUGAUUUUAAUCUACAAAAUGUAAAAAGUAAAUGUGGAUGGAUGGCAUUUUUUAGCUAGUUUGAAACAAUAUAAAAGUAAAACCUGAAUAUAGUCAAAAACAUUAAACAUAUUAAAUUGUUAAAUAGUAGAAUAAUUGUACAUUGUAGCAGCAGUUCUGUAAAUGAAUCACUGGACAUUUUUUAUAUAUGACAUCAUAUUUGUUAUCAUAUCACACAGCCCUAUGUAACACAGAUGUGCCAUUAUACGUAUAUGUACUUUAUAAUUAUGUAUGGAAAUGUAGAAGAUGUUCUCACUUUCUGAUCUUUGUCCAUGUUGUAAUAAUCGCCUAUUUAACAUUUUCCAACAACAAAGCACCCGGAAAAUACACCUGCUCUUGUUCGUACACCUGCUCCCACAAAGUGCACUUGUUUUUACUGUUAAUGUAAACCGUACUGUGAUGACUACGUUUACAUGCACAAAAUAUUCCCCGACAAAAUGAUUAAUAAUAUCUGCAUUGUGACAGUGGCUCAUAUCCAAAAGCCUGGUUCCGAGUCUUUGACGGUGUCUGGAACUAGGAGUGUUUCUUCAGAAAUGUGGACUUUUGCUCUCGCGUCUGUACCACAGUCAUGGGGCAACAAACAUGGCUAGCACUAGCCAUUGCUAGUGUAACACCACUGGCAGCCAUUAGAUGCUAGCUCUGACUGACUUGGAAUUAGACUUCUUAACCUUUUGUUUAUUGAAUAAUUUAGUUUUUUCUUGAUAGACCGUUGGACUGAACUUGUGGUUUUGAAUUUACACUAACAAGUUUGCCGGAUGACUUUGUGAUGCACAUGUUUUACUCUUUUAACACGCCUGUAAGUUAGCGUUAGCUUGGCAAGGUUCACUCCUAGUUAAAAUGUGGUCAUUUCUACCUCUAAAAUGUCAUGAUAGCAAUAGCAAAACACCAAGUCCAAGCUUUGAAAUUGCAGUGCAGUAAACAGAAUUCAGUGGUGACAGUAGUUACUUUUAUACAGUCUGUGCCAAAGCUUGACCAACUUUUAGCUAGUUGGUUUGUGUCCAACAAACACAACUCACAGGCAAGAAACUGAAUGUUGCUAACUGCAGCAAAAAUCACAGCUGGGAUACAUAUUUGGAAUCUCGACAAGCCUAAAUUAUGUUGACAUAUCCCACGUUUAAUCUAAAAAUACUCCGCUCAGAAAAUGGCCAAAUUUGGAGUAUCCAAACUGAAUAUGCUGUUUACAUGAGCCUGAUCGAAUCUAGACUAUUGGUAUAUUAGUGAAAUAGUGGAAUAUAAUGUGGAUAUAAACGUAGUGAAUGUUCCACAGGUGUAUUGUUUCAAACUAGGUGCAUCAGCGUGUUGGAAAGACGCCGCACAAUAAAGUGUAACCUGUAGCCAGCUGGAGAAUGAGCAUUCAGUGACAAGACCAGAUCAUGUCGGUCAUUCGUCUCAAGUAGAACUCUUUAAAAUGUUGUUUUAGAAAGUAAAGAUGUAGGAACUCACUGGUUCUCAUUGAGGAUGAAUCGAUGAUUUCAGAUCCACUUGUGAGAUCUCAUCACCUGAUGAUUGUUUCAGAUUAUCAGUCACUCAGAUGGAAAGACCUGGAGUCUGGUUGACUGAUCCUUAAACCCUGUGUCCAUGCUGCAUUACAACUCAGACUUCAUGUACUUCGUAUGUAAAAAAACGGACAA